AUGCCCCGUCCUGUUAGCAGCCCGAGCCCGCAGUUUGUCUCGCGCCCGAGGUGCAUUUUCGGCGGAGCGUGGGUCGGCCUAGUGGUGGUCAUCUGGUUGGUCGCUUGUCCAGCAGUCGUUCGGGCCGACUUGUGGGAAUCGCGGGCGGAACUCUGGAGCCAGCAGGCUCAGCAGAUUGAAGAGCUGGCCGAGUGGUGUGAAGCUCAAGAUUUGCCCGAGCGAGCGGACGAAACCCGGAAUUGGCUGGUGCCGUACGAUCCGUUGCGGCUUCAUUUGGUUACUUUGCCGGAAGGGCCGGGCUCGGCCGCCGAUUGGGCCAGUGCUGAGGAAGAUGAAGAAUCGCCAGUAUUAGAAGAGUGGCGACAAAAGUUUGCCGAGUUGCGGCGCGCUCAUGCCACGGCCCUGAUGGAGUUGGCCCGGGGGGCGAUUCAUCAGGAGCAGGGUUCUUUGGCCUUCGAGUUGGUGCUGGAAGCGGCUCGCGAGGAUCCUAAUCUGGAAUCGGCCCGACAACUGCUGGGCUAUCUGCGACAGGGCGACGGGUGGUACACGCCCUACGCGUUGCGAAUGAUGAGUCGGGGCCAGGUUUGGCACGACAAGUUCGGCUGGUUACCCGAGGCGUUCGUUCCCCGGUAUGAAGCUGGCGAGCGGUACUAUCGCAAGCGGUGGAUUACGGCCGAGGAAGAUGCCCGACUUCAUCCCGAUAUUCAAAACGGCUGGGUGAUUGAAACCGAGCACUACCGCAUCAUCACCGAUCACAGCAUCGAGGGGGCCGUCGAACUGGGGACCCAUCUCGAGCGGCUUUAUCGCGUGUGGCAGCAGGUGUUCGUGGGAUACGACCAGUCGCUCGCUCAGUUGGCCAAUCAGUUCGAAGGUCGAUCCUCACGGCGAAGGAGCCAGAGCCGGAAGUAUCGCGUGGUCUAUUUCCGCGACCGCGAUCGCUAUGUCGAAUCGCUACGGAAGAUCGAACCCCUGAUCGACAUGACGAUCGGCAUCUACUUCAAUUCGAACCGCACGGCGUACUUUUUCGCCAGCGACGAGCAGGACCUGGGCACGAUCUAUCACGAGGCCACCCAUCAACUGUUCAGCGAGAGCCGCCCCACGGCCCGCGAUGCUGCCGAACGGGCGAACUUCUGGAUUGUGGAGGCGAUCGCCCUGUAUAUGGAGUCGAUGGUUGAACACGAUACUUAUGUCUCCGUCGGCGGGGACGAUCAUGUUCGCGUGCGAGCGGCUCGACACCGGCUGCUGGUCGACGAUUUUUAUGUGCCGCUUUCCAAGCUGACACGAUUUGGCCGGCACGAGUUGCAGACCGAUUCGCGAAUUGCCAUGCUUUACAGCCAGUGCGCCGGGCUGAGUCAUUUCCUUAUGCAUUACGAUGGCGGGCGAUAUCGUGAGGCGGUCGUGCGUUACCUGCUGGCCGUGUAUACGAACCGUGCCACACCCUCGACUUUGGCCCAACUAACUGGGACGAAGUACGGCGAACUCGACCGGCAGUACCGCGAGUUCAUGCAGCAACAACUGGACGCGAAGAAGGUUCCGCAGGCGACGAUUCGCCCCUGGAAGCUGGCCGAAACGAAUUACGGUGAUGUGAAACAGCGGCAGUUUGAGGUGGCCGUGCUGCCGUUGGGGGCGACCGAGCCGCACAAUCUUCACUUGCCCUACGGCACCGACACGUUCGAGGGCGACACGAUCGGCGAGCAUGUCUGCGAGGAAGCUCAUCGCCGGGGUGCCAAGGUGGUGCUGCUGCCCACGAUUCCUUACGGCACGGAAACCAAUCAGAAGGCGUUCCCCCUGUCGAUGAACAUCCAGCCCUCGACGCUGGGGCGGAUCAUCACCGACCUGGUCGAGUCGCUUGUCGGGCACGGCAUCAAGAAGAUCGUGCUGCUCAACAGUCACGGCGGCAACGACCUGAAACCGCUGCUGCGAGAACUCUACGGCAACACCCCGGCACAGUUGUUCUUGUGCAAUUGGUAUCGCAUGCUUUCGGACAUCGAGCAUGAAAUCUUCGACGACGCGGGCGACCACGCAGGUGAAAUGGAAACCUCGCUGGCGCUGGCCUACUUCAAUGAGUUUGUGGUGAAGAACGCCGACGGGUCACUGAAUGCCGAUGACGGGGCGGUGGCUCCCACGCGGUUCGAAGCCGUAAACCGCGGCUGGGUCAGUAUCACUCGGCCCUGGCACUUGCUCACCACGAACACCGGCAGCGGAACCCCUCCCCCGGCAACCGCCGAGAAAGGCCAACAGAUGAUGAAGCUGCUCGUCGAGCGGUUGUCGGCCUUUCUGGUGGAGUUGUCUGAGGCCAAGAUUGACGAGCGGACAUUGGAGCCGCUCAGCUCAAAGGCUGCUGGUUCAAGAAUUGACUUUCUAAGCGGCCAGGGACCCUACCUUUGGCUUUUCGCUCCUGAGAGACACGCCUGCCUUCGCUCGGCUCCGGCCACGGCGCCGCUGCCCGAUCUGGCAGUUCUGGAACAGCGAAGCCCUCCGAAGUACGCCAUGUUGGCCAACCGUGUGAUUCCCUGCCUCGACGUUUUUGAAGGUCGAGUCGUGAAAGGGACCAAUUUCGUCAAUCUGCGCGAUGCCGGAGACCCGGUGGAGGUCGCCGCGCGCUAUGAGGCCGAGGGGGCCGACGAGCUGGUCUUUCUCGACAUCACUGCCAGCCACGAAGAGCGGGAUAUCAUCCUCGAUGUGGUUCGACGCACCGCCGAAGUGGUGUUCAUGCCGCUGACCGUGGGCGGCGGGAUCCGCACGCUCGACGAUGUACGGCAACUGCUCAAUGCCGGAAGCGACAAGGUAUCGAUCAACUCCACAGCUCCCCGCGACCCCGACUUUGUGCGGCAAGCGGCCCGAAGGUUUGGCAGCCAGUGUAUUGUCGUAAAUAUCGACCCCAAACGGGUCGAGCGGGAUGGCAAAGAGUUCUGGGAAGUCCACAUCAACGGGGGUCGCGUUGGCACCGGGCUGGAAGCGGUGGAGUGGGCCCGCGAGGUUGAGCGACUGGGGGCGGGCGAGAUCGUGCUCACCUCGAUGGAUGCCGAUGGUACGAAGAACGGUUACGAUCUGGAAAUGACCACCGCCGUGGCGGAAGCGGUUUCGAUUCCGGUGGUGGCCAGCGGUGGGGCGGGCCGUCCCGAGCACCUGGCCGACGCGAUUGAAAUCGGCAAGGCCAAUGCAGCCUUGGCGGCCAGCAUCUUCCACUAUGGCGAGUUCACGAUUCAAGAGACGAAGCAGGUGAUGGCCGACCGGGGGAUUCCGGUCGGUCGUCCGCCGAUCAUUCGCGUGAACGGCACGCUACGCCCGUUGAGCCGUGGCCCGAUCGAAGACGAAGAGAUGGUGCGGCUGUGCUUCCCGCUGAUGGAUGAACGCAACCGUGGAAUCUUCGAAAAGACCGGUGGGGCCGACUUUGCACAUACCGUGGAUGUCGACGGGACCGAGUGGCGGUUUCGUGUGAACUUGCUUCAACAACUGGGGCACGUGGGAUUGGUUGCUCGUCGUGUGAACAACUGGAUCCCCAACUUCGAAGGGCUCUACUUGCCUCCGACGAUGGAGUCGCUUUGUAAAUUUGACCAGGGGAUGAUUCUGCUGGCCGGGGUGACGGGCUCGGGUAAGAGUACGACCAUUGCCUCGAUGUUGAACUGGAUCAAUCGGCACUACCGCAAGCACAUCCUCACGCUGGAAGACCCGAUCGAAUUUGUAUUCACCGAAGAGAAGUCGCUGAUCAAUCAACGCGAAAUCGGCAUGGACGUGUGCGACUUCGACACCGGGAUGAAACAUGCCGUGCGUGAAGACCCCGACGUGAUUCUCGUGGGUGAAAUGCGUGACCGCGAAACGUUCAUGACGGCCAUUCACGCUGCGGAAACCGGUCACUUGGUGUUCGGUACGAUUCACGCCUCGACCGCGCCGACCACGAUUGGUCGUAUUCUUGAUUUGUUCCCCCAAGACAUGCACCCCGCAUUGCGAAGCGCGAUGGCAUUUAACAUGCGUGGGAUCGUGGCACAGAAACUUCUGCCUUCGAUUGCCGAGGGGGUGGGUCGUGUGCCGACGGUGGAGAUCAUGACGUUCAACCCCACGGUGCGUAAGCUGAUUUUGGAGCACCAGGAUCAGAAGCUGCCCGACGCGAUUCGGAUGUGCGAGAAAGAGGGAAUGCAAGACUUCACGAUGAGUCUGCUGAGUUUGGUGGACCGCGAGUUGAUCGAUCGAGCGACGGCGUUUGAAGUCGCACCGAAUGUCGAGGCACUCAAGAUGGCCCUCAAAGGUGUGGCCUCGGCGCAAUCCACCUUCUCUUGGCCCGACAUCGAUCUAAGCCGAGGGUUUCCCUACGGGCCGGGCUUCUAUCUGAGCGCGACGAAGAUUGCGCUGUGCUGGUUCGUCUUCUGCUUUUGGAUCGUAUCUUCUGACUUUGUGAAUUUUCAGGGUCAGCGGCGGAAAUACAACUUUGUGAAGUGGAACACGCUAGUCUUCUUCACAUUUGUGCCUAGCUUCAUCCUGGUGUGGUUCAUUCCGAUCUUCUGGAUUGGUUUCCCACUGAUGCUGGUCUCGUGGAUCGUGCCACUCACCUUGUUCAUCCGGCACUUCAACCGUGAUGUACCGUACGAUGAGCAAGUGAUGACUGGGCCCCACUUGCGAUUCUGGUUUUCUGGAGUGGUCGCGCCCCUGGGCAUUAAGAUUGAUGCGGAGCGGCGUUCGCCGGAAGAGUUGAUUCCGGUGACGUUGACCCCAAUGGGGGCUAAAGACUCGACACAGGACGGCGUUAAUUUACUGCAAGCCAAAGAAUCGCCCGCGUUUCAUCUCACGCGCGAGUUGUUGGUCGAUGCGUUCGCCCGGCGUAGUGAAGCCUUGAUGUUGGACUACACCCAACAGGCCGUGGGUGUGCGGUAUCAAAUCGACGGGCUGUGGACCAACGGUGAGCCGCAAGACCGUGAGACCGGCGACGCGAUGCUGGCCGUGAUGAAGAUUAUCUCGGCACUGAACCCGGCCGAUCGACGCAACCGGCAACAGGGAGAGUUCGGCGCUACCUAUCACAAAAAGAAGUACACCUGCAGCAUCACCACGCAGGGCACGAAGACAGGCGAACGGGCUCUCAUUCAGUUCGACGACGGAGCCACCCAGUUCGAGAAGCUUCCUGACCUAGGCAUGCGCGACAAGAUGGUCGAGCAACUUCGUGAGCUGAUGGCGCAAAGCGAAGGGUUCAUUCUGCUUUCGGCCCCUCCGGCUUCGGGCCUGACGGCGACUUUUGCCGGGGCCCUGGGUUCGGCCGAUCGGUAUACGCGUGACUUCAAGGCGAUCGAAGACAAGCAGAAGCUGGAAUCGCCGAUUGAAAAUCUCGAUCAGAUACUUUACGACUCGGCCGCCGGGCAAGGGCCCGAUGCGGUGCUUCCUGGGUUGUUGUUGAAGCACCCCGAUGUGAUCGUGUGCCGCAACCUGGUGAACCGGGAAACACUGGAGAUUUUGUGCAGCCAGGCAGAAGGCCGGCUGGUCAUCUCCACCAUCAGAGCGAAGGACACGGUUGAGGCACUACUGCGAGUGCUGGCGUUGAAGGUCGAACCGCAGACGUUCGCCAACGCGAUUACGGCCGUAGUGAAUCAGCGGCUCGUUCGCAAGCUGUGCGAAACUUGUAAAGAAGCCUAUGCCCCGCAGCCCCAGUUACUAAAGAAACUUGGGCUUCCCGCUGGGCGUAUCGAAGCGUUGUACCGUCCGCCACAACAGGCUGAAGAGGUGUGUCCCGAUUGUGGCGGGAUUGGUUACUACGGCCGAACUGCGUUCUUCGAGUUGCUCGUCGUAGGUGAUCAUAUGCGGCAGUAUCUCGCCAAAGGCGCGAAGAUGGAUGUGCUGCGGAAAGUUGCCCGUAAAGAGGGAAUGCGUUCGCUGCAGGAAGAAGGCAUCCUACUGGAGCCUCCACUCGUGGGCUUUUUAUUCUCGGUAUUGAUGCUGAUCGUCGUGAUUGCCGUAGUGGCCUCGUCGUUGAAUGAGGGGCUGUGGGGCAAUGCCAUCACGUUUUUUAACUUGGUGAUCUCAGCACUGUUAGCGACAAACUACUGGGAACCGUUGAGUUCCUGGCUCGCCGAGCAGAUUCCCUCGGGCCGGUACUUGUGGGAUUUCACCGCCUUGUGGGGGAUCUUUUGCGUAUCGAUGUUUAUCUUGCGGGCGCUGACCGAUGCUGCCUCGAAGUACAAGAUGAAGUUUGCAAAGGCAGUCGACGCAAUUGGCGGGCUGGGGUUUUCGCUAGCCUCGAGUUGGGUGCUAGUGGCUUUCCUGAUGAUGUCGUUACACACUGCUCCCUUAGCUCGCAAUUUUUUGGGGGGAGGAUUUGAGCCGGAAGAACAAAUGUUCUUCGGAUUGGCCCCCGAUCGCCAUUGGCUGGGAUUUGUACAACGGCUUUCUAACGGAGCCUAUCGGCCGAUCAAUCCCGGUGAGGAAUUCUAUGGGUUCGACCCGGGUUCGGAAUUCAUGAUCAAGUAUGCCGCGCGCCGGAAGGAAUACGAGGAAUCCCCCGCGCUGAUGCCACCGAUAAAGAAAAGCUUUACCCUUCCCAGUGAUCGAUAA